AUGGCCACUUCAGAAGAAUCCUCUUCCGCCACGCCUUCAUCGAGCGAAGCCUCAGAGGAGGUCGGGGUGGACACCCUCCAGACGGCUGUAACAGAUCUGGUUUCCUCUUGUGAUCUCGAGAGCAUAUCAUUGAGGGAGCUUAGGCGCCUACUAGAAAAGAAGCUCCAACUACCCGAUCUCGCGCUUGAUAAGCAGAGGAAGGCUAUCAAGGACAUGGUUGGGGAAGCCAUCACGAAGGCCGAGCAAGAAAGAGAUGAUAAAGUGAUGAAGGCUGAGGUCGCGGUCAAACGGGAGCGGAACGAGUCGCCACCGAAAGUUUCCACUAGAAAGCGAGUGAAGAAAAACGAGAAAUCCGAAGAUGAUGAAUCCUCCUCUUCACCGUCAAACACAUCCUCAGCUUCAAGCGAUGCUUCAUCUGAUGAUGCCAGAGAGGCAGCGGCACCCAAGCGCAAAUCGACUAGGAGUAGAACUCCACCUCCCGAGUGGGUUAACUAAGCG